AUGAGCAAUGAUCCAAAGACUUCUGAUGCGGGGCGCGAAACCCCUCUUCCACAAUACGAAAAGACGCAAUCGGUGCCGUUCACUCUCAAUCUCCAAGAGGAUGCACGCAAUCCUGGCCAAUUCCAGCUCGUCUUCAACCUGGGCCCGAAACAGCAAUCAUCGAUCGGAGUGCCUCUGAGCUGUGCACCUAAUGUUGCCGCGUCUACGACUCUACGAGAUGGCUUCAAGUCUAGUAUCGAGAGCUCAGUUCCUCAAAAUACGAGUCCGCCAAGCACUCCUCUCCACGACAGGCAAGGCUGGGCCGACCUGGACAAUGUGCCUCCUGACUUUCUCAAAAAGGUAGUGCCGGAUUGGAAUGUGUCGUUUUCGCGGAGCGACUCAACGGCCUCCACCCAAUCCAAACGACUUACCGACAUCAAGGCCAGGAUCAAGAAGAAAGGAAAGGGCUAUGUGGUGCGCUUGUUGAAAGGGUCGACAGACUCGAACGAGAUUGCAGAAGUUGAUUUGGGUCAAGCGGUUGGCUCAGAACGGGAAUUUGCGACUCCAGAGCUUGACUCGGCGACUUUGCCUGCGGAACUGUAUUCUCCUCCUUCGGCUGUUGCAUCGAAUACCGACAGUCUUUUGGGUCGCGACGAUAUCUUCGAGAUCGGUACUUCCAACACAUCAGGCGUUCAACGAUCACCGCCGUCUGCGAUUCCACCAAGGAGUCAUCUGCCGCGCAAUAGUCUAGCCCGGACUUCGAUCGCAGAGGAUGGCUUCAGUGAUGCUGAGACUCUGAUACCAGACAUCCGCUCGAUACACGACCGUAUGGAUGAAGAUCAGACUGAUGCAGAACCGUCGUCUCUGACCCCAUCAAUGUUUCCUACCCGGUCAGCCUCAGUCUCCAGUAUCGUGAAGACGCCAACCCGCGGUUUGUCACUCGUUGGGCCCGUACGAAAGGGUGUUGAGAAGAAGAAGACGCGUCCCCGUGUGAAGAGCCGAGCGGCGAAUCUAGACCUCAAACGAUCGGAUGCUCACAAAUCCGUCAAGCGUCGCGUGGGACAGACAACCUUUGCAUCCGAUAGUCAAGUUGUAGAGGAUUUGGUGAACUCGACUACUUUGCGGGAACGCAACCGUCCCGUGUCUCGAAAGUCGAGUGGAAUUGAUCUAGGGUCCGAUGAGUAUGCCACCUGGUCGCAACCGAUGCGACACACGAGCGCGGCGAAGCCACGGCAUCUUCGUCAUGCAUCAGCAGACGAUCUUCAUGUCCCUGCCAGACCCAAACAUGGCUUACGGUUGAACACCGACGUACCUCAGACCAAGUCAGCUCAUGUGUCGCCAGCGACGCGCCGCAAGAGAUCACCUAGGAUACGGAAGCACGCAUCAUCCUCUUCUUCGUCAAUAGAUACCGAGGACGCCAACGCACUGCUAUCACCCCAGUCGGCAGGAGCGGGUCGCGCAGAUGAGCUCCGUGAAGCGCUAAGAAGAGCUUUAGAUCAAAUUGAGUCAGGGAACGAGGAUCUUGAUGAUAGUUUCGAAAAGCCUGUAGUGCCCACCAUUAUUGAGCCAUCGAUUGACGAUCAUGUUGGCGAGAUACCGCUACCUCCGGAAGCAGAAAUACGGAUGGCAUCUACUGGUGGUCGAAACACAACAUUGAGCCCGUCCCGUACCGUCGCCAGCAACCCCUUCAGUGUCCGUAUGCCGUCCUUCGUCCAAGAGUCCUGGCUCCUGACCUGUGCGAACGAGGGCCGCCUGACACCAAAGAUCGUCCAUCUCGAUGUCAACGAAGGGCGCGUAAGAAGCGACAAAGACCUUGCGCUCGCGCUGCGAGAGCAUUACGACCAGCUCAACCGCCGUUGGUUCAACUGGGCUCGUCUUCGCGGGCUAACGACCAUCGAGUUUGUCCAAUUCGAAGUUCAUCGCAAUCGCUUCGCUGAUAUCCGUGCGACACCGUCUAUGCCGCCCAAGUCUGCUGCUUCUUCAGCUUCGACCAGUGAGCCAGAGAAGUCUGCAGCGCCGUCUCAGCAUCCGUACACCUUCGAGCCCAACGAUCUCCUGCCGCCUGUUGGUAGCACGUAUCUCCUCCAUUUGUUCAAGCAUCCGCAGGAUUAUGAGGGUGAGCUGAUAACGUAUCUUCGCAGUCCGAAGCGGAGGCAGCGGUUGGAGUUCGGUAUGGGCUGGGGCGUUCAUCUUGUGGAGGGGUUCCUUGCGCAGCGCGUGUGGGCAGUGACGAUGGGAGUUUGCGGCUUGGGUAGUACGGUCUUCGCGAUUCUGUGGACGGUUAGGAAGGGCGACGUACAGGGUGCCUUUGGGGUUGCGCAAUGGGUGUUGGGUAUCGCUGUCUUGCUGGUUGGCGGUCUGCAGGCGUGGUUGGAGUAG